AUAAUAGAAAAGAAGAAGAAGAAGAAGAAGUGGCUUUAUGACAGGCGCUCAGAUCGCCGCGCUGCUCGCCGCGCUGCAGGACAUGAUCAUGGGAAGCGCCCUCGCCAAAUGCGCCCUCACCGACCUGGGGAUCCAGUGGGCCGGCUGGGCUCUGGCUGCAGCGUUCAGAACCGAGAAGUUUUACGACUUGGCAGGCUCUGGCACAUUUAUACUACUGGCACACCUGAGUCGGAUCUGGGGAGGAGCGAGUCACACGCGACAGAAGGUGCAGACCGGGUUGGUGACGGCAUGGGGGCUCAGGCUGGGCACAUUCCUUUUCCUGCGAAUCUUGAAGGACGGUCAUGACCGCAGGUUCAACAAUGUCAGAGACAGCCCUGGGACUUUCUUUGUUUACUGGAGUGUUCAAGCUGUGUGGGUAUUUAUGACCCUCCUUCCUACCCUCAUGCUGAACACCGAGAAGCGAAAUGUGCCUCUGGGGCCCAGGGACUACAUCGGUUGGACCGUUUGGGGUAUUGGCUUCGCUGCCGAAGCUAUUGCGGAUCAGCAAAAGUGGCUUUUCAAGCGCGACCCAGAUAAUGCUGGGAAAUUCAUCCAGAGUGGACUGUGGGGCUACAGCAGACACCCCAACUACUUUGGGGAGAUCCUGCAGUGGUCGGGUCUUUGGCUCUCGGCCUCGUCCGUCAUGCAGGGGCCUCAGUACCUGAGUGUGGCGUCUCCACUGUUCGUGUGGUUUUUACUACGUUACGUCAGUGGCAUCCCCAUCCUGGAGAAGCAGGCGAUGAAGAAAUGGGGAUCCGAGGCAGCCUUCCAGUCCUACGUUAAAAACACUCCUCUUCUCUGGCCGUGGCCGAAGUUUUGAUACAGUUACAUUUGCUGUAUACAUCAACAGUGCAAAUUGUACUCUAAUAAAUCAGUGUCUUAAAGAUAUUCCGUCAUCUAUGCAGCAUUAAGUCAUGGAUUUUGUCGUAAAUAGGCCUGAAACGUGGUUACCAGGCAUCAAGAGGUGCAUUAUUGAUGUGACACUGAAGAGGCAUCAUUAACAGCAGUUAUCAUUCCUGUCUGUAUCUUCAGAAACCCCACUGGGGACAAAACAGAAGCCAGUUUUGGGAAAUAUUUAAUGAGCUAAUUACAAACAAUCAGAAAAACCACAAAUCAAGUAACAGCUGAACAAUCUGGCUUCAUAAAGCAAUGGAAAUCCAAAACCAAUAAAUAAGUUUUAAGUGAAUAAAUAAGUGAAUAAGUUUCUUUUUUUAUGCUCGGAUGAAACGGAAUAAGAAAUUAUUAAGUCA